CGUCUGGGGUGGCGCUUUCCUCUUGCUAAGGCUCCCUUUGAUAUAUUAAUAGUGGUGUCUUGAAACUGACGUAAUGCUCGGAGACUGAGGUCCUGACAAGCGAUAACAUUUCUGAUAACGAGCUGAUCUCCUUGCAAUCUCCAAAGCCUUCUCCUCUCUCUCCUCCUUUUUUGGGGCUGGUUCUUCCACUAGAAGCCUGUCUCGCUCCCUCGCGCGCUUCCUUUCUCUUUUAUAAACAUAACCGGGUCCUCUGCGCGUCCCCCUUUCUCCCUCUCCCCAUCAAGAGAGGGGGUGGGAAAGGGGGGGUUGUGCAGGCAGCGAUUUCCCCCCUCUCCUUCCCCUUCACCCCCUCCUCCUCUUGCCCUCCUCCUUUCUCUGGCUUUUCCUCCUCCUUCCUCUCCCCCCCCCUUCCAAAAUAAUCCAAGAUCAACUCUGUUGCAAACAACAGAAAGACGGUUCAUGGCUCAAGCGACAGUUCCACCAUCUUUCAAGCUGCUGAGAAUAUUAUUAUUAUUGCUGAUUAAUCAACAGAUGUGCAGAUCAGCUCUCAAAAUGUCUUCUGUGUCUUCCGUGUACCUCCUAAGCCAGUUGUGUUAACCCUCCUGCUAUUUCGCUAAUAGAAUUAAUAAGUGUAAAAGCAAAAAAAGCAAGCAAACAAAAGCAUUCUAGAGCCACAUGCCUUAUGAAGUCAAUGCUGGGUAUGAUUUUACAAAUAUGGUCCGGAAAAAGAACCCCCCUCUAAGAAACAUUGCAAGUGAAGGUGAACCCCAAACCCUCAAGUCACCUGGUACUGAAAGCGACAGCAUUGAAAAAAGCCUAGACUUUUCUGCCAGUCAGAUGCAAGAAAACACUGAGCAGGGUGAGACUGUGGAGCAAAAUGACAAGGAGGAGUUUUGCACGCAUGUCCCAGAGCCAUCUCCCAGCACUAAAAAGGACUUUAAAAGCUCAGAACCGAGCGAAAAGGCUGGCUUCAAUUAUGAAAGCCACAAUAAGGGAGGAAAUGUUCCAUCCUUCCCUCAUGAUGAGGUGACAGACAGAAAUAUGCCAGCCUUCUCAUCUCCAGCUGUUGGUGGAACCUCAGAGUCCUUGAAGUCUCCUCUCAGAUCAGAUACAGAUGACACCCAAGAUGUGGUCUGCACCCCGUCAGGCGAUCUGAUGGAGAAAAGCGAAGAGCAUCGCACAUCGCCAAAAUCCACAGAGGAAGCAGUGCAUGUGCAAAGCGGUCAGGCCGAGGGUCCGGGUUCGAGCCCGGCUUUGGCGGCCUCAAAAAAUCCACAAGUGCCUUCAGAUGGGGAGCUGAGGCUGAACAAAUCGAAAGCAGAUUUGUUGGCGAACGAGAACCCAGAUAAUUCGGCGCCUCUGUCACCAGAGCUUCAGGACUUCAAAUGCAACAUCUGUGGCUAUGGUUACUACGGGAACGACCCCACAGAUCUCAUCAAACACUUCCGCAAGUACCACCUUGGGCUGCACAACCGCACCAGGCAGGAUGCAGAGCUCGACACUAAAAUUUUGGCUCUCCACAACAUGAUGCAGUUCAGCCACUCCAAAGACUUCCAGAAAGUCAACUGCUCUGUGCUGUCAGGGGUCCUGCAGGACAUCAAUUCCCAAAGGCCCGUUUUGCUAAACGGGACUUACGAUGUGCAGGUGACAUUAGGUGGGACUUUUAUUGGCAUUGGACGCAAAACUCCAGAUUGCCAGGGCAACACCAAGUAUUUCCGCUGCAAGUUCUGCAAUUUCACCUACAUGGGCAAUUCGUCAACGGAGCUGGAGCAACACUUUUUGCAGACCCACCCAAAUAAGAUAAAAUCCGCCCUUCCUGCCUCUGAAUCCAGCAAAGCAUCUGAGAAGAACUCCAGUAAGUCCAGUCCUACUGUUCGAUCAUGUGAGGCUGGAGAUCUGGGGAAGUGGCAGGACAAGAUCACCAUAAAAGCUGGAGAUGACACUCCGGUUGGUUAUUCAGUGCCCAUCAAGCCUCUCGAAUCCUCAAGACAAAAUGGUACGGAUGUCUCCAGUUACUACUGGUGCAAAUUCUGCAGCUUUAGUUGCGAAUCCUCCAGCUCGCUCAAACUGUUAGAACAUUACAGCAAGCACCAUGGGGGGAGCCAGGCAGGGGGGCUUCACCCAGAUCGGAAUGACAAGCUCUCAAGGGGGUCGGUCAUUAAUCAGAAUGACUUAGCCAAAAAUGCAGACGGAGAGUUAGCGACAAGGACCGAGAAGGGCUCUAGCGUGGCAAAAAAGAAAGACUUUUCCAGCUCAGGAGUGGAGGACAACGUGGUGACAAGCUACAAUUGUCAGUUCUGUGAUUUUAGGUACUCUAAGAGCCACGGCCCCGAUGUAAUAGUGGUGGGGCCUCUCCUUCGUCAUUACCAGCAGCUACACAGCAUUCACAAGUGUACCAUUAAGCACUGUCAGUUUUGUCCCCGAGGCCUCUGUAGCCCAGAAAAGCACCUUGGAGAAAUUACUUAUCCUUUUGCUUGCAGGAAAAGUAAUUGUUCCCACUGUGCUCUCUUGCUCUUGCACUUGUCCCCUGGGAUGCCGGGAGGCUCCAGAGUCAAGCACCAGUGUCACCAGUGCUCUUUCUCCACUCCUGAUGUAGACGUUCUCCUGCUUCACUAUGAAACCACACAUGAACCCCAGGCGUCCGAAGUCAAGCAAGAAGCAAAUGCCCUGCAAGGGGUGGAUGGGCCGCUGACGGUCAAGGAAGGCAAAGAACACUCGUGUACCAAAUGUGACUUUGUCACACAGGUGGAAGAGGAGAUUUCUCGACACUACAGGAGAGUCCAUAAUUGCUACAAAUGCCGCCAGUGCAACUUUACAGCUGUUGAUACUCAAUCUCUACUAGAGCACUUCAACACUGUGCACUGCCAAGAGAUGGACAUCACCACAGCCAAUGGGGAAGAUAGCCAUGGGGUGGCUGCUGCUCUCAAGGAAGAGCCCAAAAUUGACCUGAAGGUCUAUAGCCUGAUUAAUCCAGACCCUAAAAUGGGGGAGCCCGUCUCUGAGAGCAUAGUGAAAAGGGAAAAGCUGGACGAAAAGGAAGCGUUGAAAGAGAAAUGUUGGCCUGAUGGGUCUGGUGAUGACCUUCGUGGCACAGCUUGGAGAGGAGUAGACAUUUUGAGGGGGAGUCCAUCCUACACCCAAACAAGCUUGGGCCUUCUGACCACUGUGUCUGUUGGCCAAGAGCAGCCAAAGCCCUUAAGGGAUAGUCCAAAUGUUGAAGCUGCCCACCUUGCUCGGCCUGUUUAUGGCUUGCCCAUCGAGACCAAGGGGUUCCUGCAGGGGGUACCCCAAGGAAGCGGAGAGAAACCUGGAUCAGUCCCUCAGCCGUAUCCUGGAUCUGGUGAUAGCAAGUCAAAGGAUGAAUCUCAGUCCCUCUUACGGAGACGUAGAGGCUCGGGUGUUUUUUGUGCCAAUUGCCUGACCACAAAGACCUCUCUCUGGCGAAAGAAUGCAAAUGGAGGAUAUGUAUGCAACGCGUGUGGUCUCUACCAGAAGCUUCACUCGACUCCCAGGCCUUUAAACAUCAUUAAGCAGAACAACGGUGAGCAGAUCAUUAGGAGACGAACGAGAAAGCGCCUUAACCCGGAGGCACUUCAGGCUGAGCAGCUAAACAAACAGCAGAGAGGGAACAGCGAGGAACAAGUCAACGGCAGCCCGUUAGAUAGGAGUGUACGUAUGCAACAAAGAUAUUCCAUCAUGCAUAAGAUUCAGCGCUGGCUCAGCCUCGCUCUGUUUACAUUUGCAAAUGUAGCAAACAAGGUAAUGAAGCAACUUUCUAUUGCAGUAGGUAUCUUUUUUUUUUGUGCGUGUGUGUGCAUUACAAUUGUAAACGGUAACAUGAAAUGAAUGGAUUUUGUUGAUAUUAAUGCUAUGGGGGGAUAUAAGAAGGAGGAGGAAAUGAAAAUAUUUUUAUGCCUACUUAGGAGGAAGAAAAAGGGUAGCACUAUUCAUUCCAAGUACUUUUUGUAUUCUUAAGCUCUUAACUCACAUUGUUAUGCUUAAAAUGAUAAACAUAUAUCCUCUUUUUAUUGCUUUGUCUAUGUUUCAGAUGAAACAUUUCAGAGAUUAUGUUGAGAGGUGCCAUCUGACUCCUUGGCACUGAAGUUUUUAUUGCAUCCUGUAGUAGCAUUGCACUCCAUUUCUACCAUAUUACACAGUCGCUUCAUGGUGUUUUGUUUUGUUUUUGUUCUGUUUUGUUGCAUUGGGGGCUUCUUUCUUUCGCAUUGCAGGGUCUAGUCUCUUGAGGUUGGAGAGUACAGCUGGUUCCUGAAUGUUGCAGCAAAUGAAGUUUAAAAACCAUCUGUCUGAUAUUUUAUUGCCCUCCCCUGCCCUCCUCUUUUCAUUUUCUUCAGUGUUCUAGAGAAAAUUGUAUCAGGGCUAGAUUCACAGUUCCGAGCAUGUUGAGGGUCCUCUUCGUUUCUUACUUACAUGCUGCCUAUCUCAAAUGUUCACGUAAUUAAAAUUAAGAGAGCUCAUGACAUUUAACAGGCAAGUUCCUUCUCUGAUAUAGAAAACAGUGCAUUUAAAAUACACAUUGCCAGGUAGAACUGAGAAAAGACACUGAGGUUAAGAUUGUAUUUUUACCAGUAUUCAAGAGUAUAAAACCAAGAGGAGCUAGUCUGACCAGCAAUUCUUUGGUAUAUACUCCAAUUAUGUGGGCCCUUAAAGAAAUCUACAAACCUUGCCCCUAUCUUAGCCCAAGUAUGACCUCCUGUAGCCUUUUAAAAGCCCAAGUCACAAAAAUAAAGGAGCCAGGUCCCCAUUGGACCUCCUGGAAUUUAAACACUGCUUUUGUACAACAAAAAAUAUUGGCCCAAUUCAAACGUAACACGGAACCGCGGGUCCAAUGGACCCACGGCUCCGCCCCCACUCUCCCAUCUGCCUAUGAACAACAGGGAGAGCUGCCUCUCUGCUCUCAGAAAGACUGCAGAGAGGCGGGGGAGCUGGCUGUGCGGGCUUCCUUCUCAACAGAAGGACAGCCCAAACAGCCAAUCGGGCCAGAGUGAGGGAGCAGCUUCCUCCCUCAACUCCAGUUCCGUGGGGCCUAAACUGCAGUGCCAGUGUUUGGAUGUAACUCUAGCACCACAGAAAUGGAGUUCGUGGUGGUGAAACUCUAUGCUGACCGAAGGUGCAGAGUGGAGUUUGGCGAGGAAAACUGCAAGUCCCUUUGCCCUUAACUCCGGUUUGCCGAAUUUGGACAUGCGGCUUUGGAAACUGGAGGUGAAGAGACCUCCAGUUGUCUUUGGGUCUGAGAGGCACCCAUUUGUCAGGUGGUGACUAUCCACAGUGUGCAGUGUAGCCACUUGUUAAGCUAGCCAUCUGUGUUCUUCUGCCAAGUGCAGAGAGUAACUAUAUCACUCUUCCUCUGCCUCCAUUUCUGAAGAGGGGUAUAAGUGAAAAUUCUCCAAGCCAUUUGGCAGGACAAUAUAGGCAACCAUUCAAAACAGCAGUUGUAUAAGCUUUCCAAGAGGUUAUAUGCAAACCAUGGUCAACUGCCCCUUGGAAAACAGUCAUCUGCAAUUAUCCUAAAUAUAUAUGUCAGCAAUUUCAACCUGCAUGAGAAGCUCUUGCAUACCUGGCCACCAAAGUCCUUGCUGAUCUUGGCAGUGUUCUGGGAGCUGCGUUUCUCAGAGUCAACUUAUCUGAACAAUUCCUCCAGCUGCAGAGCCACAGCAAACCAGUUGUUUGACACCAAGCCUGCAUAGCGUCUUGCACUAUUCAUUGCAUGAACGGCAGCAUGUCCAAACAACCAGGCUGAUGUAGCCCACCACCCAUGAAUGCUGACCCACCAGGGCCUUGGCAACCCUCCUAUUUUUCCUGCCUACCUGAGACUGCAAAAACACAGGGGUUGUUGGCAUCUGGAAGGCUGUAAGAUGUGGGUGGUGGGUUACAUUCAGCUUUUUAAGUCACAAGUUGUGCAGGCCUGACCUGGAACAUUGUCUUUUUAUUUGCUCAGGGUUGUGUUGAACAGCUGUUUCGUUGUAAUCUUGGUCAAAGAAGGUGGCUGUUCAGCAUUCCUCCUCUUACAAAUCUUCUGCUUCAGCACCUUAUAGCAUUUACAGUUGUCCUCCGACAAUCAUUAUGUCAACAGCAGGACCAGAAAGGGAUUGUUUCCCUCUAGUUACAUGGUGUUCCAUUAAAAACAGCAGUAGUCGUAUUGGCUUCCAGCGCAAAGCCAAAAAUUAACCAGCACAGUCACUGUGUUGAGAUGUGACCAGUUUUUCUUAAUAGUUUCUUUAGGAUCUCCACUGCUGGGGAGAUAGCCCUUAUAGGAAAUUAAAAACAGCUUGUAUCCCAGUACACCAGGGUAGGGAAUGGAUGGCUUCAGUCUGCAUCAAGCACCCCACAACCCUAAAGCCUUUUCCUCCAGCAGGCUUUGCAACAGGGCCAUAACCACAGGAGCCUUGUGGGGCCUUAUUACCAAAGGGGCCUUCCAGCCCCCUCUUUGACUUCUCCACAUUCAUUGAAGUCUGCUAUUUGUGGAGAAAAAGCAGAAAGCCUAUAUUCUGCCCAAUUAUUAGGCAGUAAACUUGUUCUUGCCUUCCAGUUUUUGGGUCAAUGGCACUGGGGUAACUAACAAGCACUAGGCCCUUAGUCAGCCUAGUAACCUUGCAUUUGCACAAUGUGCAUAUGUGAUGUAAGUUGCACAAAUGCAAAAUGUGCACAAAUUAGGUUACACAAGAGUAAGCCCAUUGCAAAUGGGCUUACUUGUGUGUACUGCAAGUUGUGCAAAUUUUGCAUUUGUGCAACUUACACAAAUUGUGCAAGUGCAGCAGUACUAGGCUGGCAUACUGGUCCACCCUAUGUCAGACAUUUUAUUAAUAUUUUAUACAAUUGAAAUAACAUUCAUUUGGUUACCUGCAUUGAUGUGAUGGCUGUUCUGUGAUGAUUCCUCGCCCCGCCGUCAUAGCUCCACCACAGUCCUGAGCUGCUACCUUGUGCUAACUAAUCAAUGCAAGUCACUACUGGGGGAUGAGAAGAAAAGCUAUUCAAGACGAAAAGCCUUGGUGGGUCAGAUACAAUCUAAGGCGUUCUGUUCUCUACCCUGGUAUUAGAUCACUUGCUAGACUCAAAAGCAGGAGACUGUGGGAGAAAUAUUGUUGCUAGCAAGCCAUUUAAAAAGGUCUGGAGGAUGUUGAAAAGAAACAAACCUGUUAGAGUAGGGCAAGACAGAGCUCUCUAUAACAACAUUUAACCUAUGUAAAAUAAUUAAAAUAGUAACAGAAUGACCCAGAGAUGUGGUUUUGCGUGUGAGGUUUUUUUGGUUGUGUGUGUUUUUUUGUUGUUGUUGUUUUGCUGGGGGGCGGGGGGAGAUUGUUUUGGCUUGACAUAUUGAGAUGUUCUAAGUAUUCUUCCUUUAAAUAAUGUUAUUUUGUUCCAGCUAAGUUUGGAAAGAAAUUAUUUCUAGAUUUAUCCAAGUGAUAAUCAUAAUGGGAAUGCUUAUAGAAUUCUGGAGGAAAAAUACCAUUAACAUAUUGUUUUCAGCAAUCUCACAUGUCUGCUCCACUUCAAUUUACAACUCUUAAGGGCCAAAUCAUAGCAGACACACAUGGUACAGCCUUCCAAGAAUAUCAAAUUGCAAGCAGGGGAUUAUAUGUUUAAAUGCUCCAACAGGUUAACACACACACACCACAGUGUACACAAAGAACUAGCAUAUCAGGGAGGUAGAUUCUAGCCUAGCUGUCUUCUUGAAAUGCUAAUGUGCUUUGUGUAGGAAGCAUUUUAUGUUGGGAACAGUUGAAGAAGCACAUUUUCUCCCCAUUCAGCAUUCAAACAUAGAGGCAUCUCGAAUGAUACUGUUCAUUGGUAAUUGCUUCAUGAGUCUAUCUAUCCAGAAGUUUACACUUUUCUCCUUCUCAACUGGAGAUCAUGGAAGGUCCACUUGCCACAAUAUAUUUAACAGGCAAAGUGCAAUCAUUCUUCUAUCUUUUAUGAAAAUGAAUACAUACAUUUGGCUCUUCUAACAACAACCCAUACACUGAAAACCUUCUUUAUCAGUUUCAUAUUCAAAUGUUUGUAGCCACUAGAUAAGCUUGAAUUUAUUGAGUCACAGGAGUAAUCACCCCGUGGCUGAAGAAUGCAAUGUAGGAGUGGGUCCUGAAUAUUAAAGGCAAAUGAAUAAAUAAAAUCCAGUACAGAAUUUGGGAGUGUUAAGUUCAUUGGUUUUUAACCAAAUGAUCCAAUCUGAUUUUAAAACAAUAGCUGCCAUCCUGACUAAAUUACUCAAUGAAAAACCUGUUGAAAUUAAGUAGUCCUUUAGAGUAACUCUGGAAUAACUUAGUCUGGAUGUCAGAUAUUUCACCUUUGACUUUAGCGGCAUCUCUAUUUUCCAAAGAAGAUAUGGAAAACAGAUAUGGCCUCAUGCUCAAAAUCCAAGACAAUGUGGGAUAGAAAGAAUUCUCAGGACCCAUUUUCCUGCCUAAAUGGUUGAGGGCCAUUAGUGAACCUAAUCAGUUGCCAUAUUAGCCAUUGAGUAGUGAAUGAAAAUGGUCAGUUAAGGGAAUUUAGUCAGGAAGAAAGAAAGAAGUCAGAGUAAUAAAGAGUGCAUAGUUGAUAGGAAGAUCCUUUCUCAAAAUAUGAAUAAGCAGUGGGAGAGAACUUACCCACUAGGCCUCUGCUGAUCAGUGGGUGUUGAGGAGGCAGCUCAGUGCAUGAUCUUAAAAGAAAUUUAACGCCUUGGUUUUAUUAUUAAACAGUAUUAUUUAACAAUAAAUAACAAUACCUUAAUGCAGGGCCAGCAGAGGGUAUAUAUUAUUUGUUGACUUACAUGCCUACUUUCAAAAUAAUCUUCUGUUUUGGCUCUUUUGACAUGCUUAUGUCUAAUUGUCAUUAUCAGAAAGCCAAAGAGUUUGAAAAUGUGCUCAUUCCUACUACAACCAUGGUAUAUUUCGCCAUGUUUGAAAAUGUGUUGUUCCUGGCCAAUGCCUGCAGCCACCUUCACCAUAUCAUCUUCAUCAACAGGGUAGCCAUGAUCCAUAGCUCUGUGUGAACUUCUCAUUCUCUUCCAUGAGAUGAAGAUUAUGUGGAUGAACUUCUGGUUGCAUAUAGAUAAUAUUUCUCUCCCAUAGAAGAUAAACAGGGAAGCACCUUGAUGCACAAACCUCUAUGUGUACAGGUGGAGCUAAUGUAUCCCAGUCACUGAGUGGAAAGUUGCAUCCACCAUUUUCUUUUAAGAGGAUGAGAGAAAGUCUGCUGAUGGCAAGUGUGAUUCUCUGUGCUCUGCAACAUCUAAGAGACCCACUAGGCUAAAGAGUUCCAAAUUGGCAAAGAAAAAAGUUGUUGAAUUGCUUAAAGGAAAGUUAGAAGUAGCUUCCACCCAAUGUAACUACAGUGUAAAUUUUCUCAUAACAAACUUUUUGUCUGCUACAGCAGUCAGCUUUUAUGGUCAGCUUUACAGAGCUGGUCCAGUACCUGAGCAGGAAAAUCCAAAAUGGCAUCCCUCCCUACCACUAAUCAUGAUAACACCCAACCCACCAGAAUGUUCUCUCCAUCAAAGUAAAUGGGAGUUGUGCAAGAGCAUUGCUAUGCUUUUAGGACCUCCCGCUGGACUGCACCAUGGGUUAGAUCUGUCUCUCUAUCACUAUGCCACUCUUAGUGGCACCUGAGAACAACCACCAUCAUAGGCCUAGAGAGACUCCAGACUUUUCUAGAGAGGUUCUCCGCCUUUCCUAGAGAAGGAAUAAAUCAGCAUCUCAAAAUGUCAGUCACUUAAUGCAAUGAAAAAAUUCACCAACAGAAGUCCCACCUAUGGAAUGAUGUCAUGUUGCUAAAGAAAAAACUCUGGUUGCAAUGUAUAGCUCUGAAUUGACUCUAGAAUGCUCUGUUCUGCCCUUUACAACACAUGGGUAUUUUUGUUUUGUUUUCUUUAUUUGUGCUUCCCUCUCCCCACCCCCCGUUUUCAUAGUGCAUGUUCAUUUCUACUUACAAACAUGUUCCUGGUGUAUUUCUUAUGCAAACAAUUCUUCAGGCAGCAAAAGAUGUCUGUUACAUCUAAACUUGAAUAAUAAAGUUUUACCACCAGUUAUAAAAGUUA